AAAAGGUAUGCACUCACAAAGUCCCUCAUCAUUGACUUUGAGAUGCAGUGUUUCAAGUGGGCUCAGUAGGGAAUGCCAGUUCUGUUGAGUUUAAGAUUAGGACAUUUGAGGAUCAACCUUUGGUGAUGCAACUUGCUGCUGUCUACAAGGAAAUGGAACACUUAAAAUGUGAACAAAAAAUAUUUGGCAACAGCGGGAGGCCCUGAAUCAAUGCUGACAAGCCCAAAGAUUGAGACUACAACAGAAAUAGGCAGCACUUCUCUUGUUUACCCUCCAAACCAUGGAGAGGAGGACAUCAUGUGGUCAUCAGAGGAAGAAGACUCUACGCGACCCUUCGAUCCCUGCUUCCACUACACCGUCCUGGACCAGGCCUGGAGGGCCACUAACACCAGCAACAAGAACCAGAUGUGUGACCGCAAUGUCAAGUGGCAAGGCUGGUACCGCCUGUUGUACAAGGGCAACAGUCUGCAGAUGCCCGAGAGGUGUGUGCCCAUGGACAAGUGUGGCACCCACGCCCCCCUGUGGCUGGCUGGGUGUCACUUCUUUGCCUCCUACCCUGGUCCCAUCUCAGGCAAGGUGAACCGCAUCAAGUACAGGACUUUCCUUGUGAACGUCGGAGCCUUCAACCGGAGGACCGGGGUGUUCCAGGCUCCUGUCAAAGGAGUCUACCAGUUCUUCUUCUCCACACAGAGUGGGAAACACGGCGUCAAGACGGACCUGUGGUUGCUGAUCAACGGUUACUGGGUGACUGUCUCUCACACCAACAUCAGGAGUCCUGCCACUGUGGGUAAUCUGUCCACUUAUAUGACCUUUCUGCGCAGAGGGACCCUGGUGUAUGUGAGCCAUGACUGUGGUAGCUCUUGGGCCAAUGCUGCAUCCAAUACCAUCACAUUUGGGGGGUCACUGCUUGUUCAGUUGAACAGGUAGACUAAAGCCUAGAUGUGUCUGUUUUGAUUUUGUAUAUGAUUCUUAUUUACAGAUGUAUUGGUUUUGUGUUCAUUUUUUUUACAUUCUGUCAAAACAGCAUUGCAGUUGAAAACAGUUCUUCUAACUUUGACUUUUACAUUUCGGUAAUUUAGCAUAGCUUACACUCUUGUCCAGAGGAACUUACAGUCAGAUGCAUGGACAUCAAUAAUUUGGCUUAAAAUAAAUACUAUAUGUUGCUUCUGUAGUAAGUGAAAGUUUGCUUGAAUUCAAAAUGAAAACAAUUUAGAUUCUCAAGAGUUGAA